AUGUUUUUCUUAUUUGUCUCUUGUAAUGCUUGUGUUUCUUUAUUCUCUUUAGGUGACACAGUUAGUAUUGGAAAUGUAUCCUACAAGUUGAAAACUCCUAAGAGCCCGGAACUUGUGCCACAGAACUACAUUUCAGACUCUCUGGCUCAAUCUGUAAUUCAGCAUCUAAGAUGGAUAAUGCAGAAGGAUCUCCUGGGGCAGGAUGUCUUUCUAAUAGGACCUCCUGGGCCUCUUCGACGCUCUGUUGCUAUGCAGUACCUGGAGCUGACCAAACGGGAAGUCGAAUACAUUGCCUUGUCAAGGGACACCACGGAAACCGAUCUCAAACAGCGUCGAGAGAUCCGUGCAGGCACGGCCUUUUACAUCGAUCAGUGUGCAGUUCGUGCAGCCACAGAAGGCAGAACUCUCGUUUUGGAAGGCUUGGAAAAGGCGGAGAGGAAUGUUUUGCCUGUUUUGAACAACUUGCUGGAAAACAGGGAGAUGCAGCUUGAAGAUGGACGCUUCCUCAUGUCUGCAGAGCGUUAUGACAAACUUCUCAAGGAUCAUACCAAAGCAGAACUGGAUGCAUGGAAGAUUGUUCGAGUUAGUGAAAAUUUCCGAGUGAUUGCUUUGGGCUUGCCAGUGCCUCGGUACUCUGGGAAUCCAUUAGACCCCCCUCUUCGUUCUCGAUUUCAAGCCAGAGAUAUUUAUUAUCUACCCUUCAAGGACCAACUUCAACUGUUAUAUUCUGUUGGAUCCAAUGUUUCUGCUGAAAAAGUUUCUCAGCUUUUGUCUUUUGCUACCACACUCUGUUCCCAAGAAUCUUCUACUCUAGGACUUCCAGAUUUUCCUUUAGAUAGUUUACCAGCUGCAGUUCAAAUCCUGAAUUCCUUUCCUAUGAUGUCAAUCAAACAUGCAAUCCACUGGCUUUACCCGUACACUAUUUUACUAGGACAGGAAGGGAAGAUGGCUGUGGAAGAUGUUUUAAAACGCUUUGAACUCCAAGAUUCAAGAAGCUCUUUGCUUCCUGAAGAGAUUGUGAGAGUGGAAAGGAUGACUGAAAAUCACCUCUCCCAAGCUUCUGUUACUGUCCGGAUUGCAGGAAAAGAGGUGACCAUUAAGGACAUGACAGCUCGCGAUCUGCUACAGCAGAGAUACACUCUCCCCAAUGGAGACACCGCCUGGCGGUCCUCGCCCCUUGUGAAUGCUGCUCUGGAGGGAAAGCUGGUCCUGUUGGAUGGCAUUCAUCGGGUCAACGCAGGCACGCUCGCUGUGUUGCAAAGGUUGAUCCAUGAUCGGGAGCUAAGCCUCUAUGAUGGUUCUAGGCUGCUGAGGGAAGACAGGUAUAUGCGUUUAAAGGAGGAGCUGCAAAUGUCUGAUGAGCAGCUACAGAAGAGAUCCAUUUUUCCUGUCCACCCGUCCUUCAGAAUCAUUGCCUUGGCAGAGCCCCCUGUUAUUGGAAGCACAACACAGCAGUGGCUGGGGCCAGAAUUCUUAACCAUGUUCUUUUUCCAUUACAUGAAACCACUUGUCAAAAAUGAAGAAAUCCAAGUGAUUAAGGAAAUGGUACCAAAUAUUCCUCAGGAAGCUUUGGACAAAUUGUUAUCAUUUACACACAAACUCAGAGAGACACAGGAUCCAACGGCACAGUCAUUGGCAGCAUCACUUUCUACCAGACAGCUGUUGCGAAUUUCUCGUCGGCUGUCACAGUACCCUAAUGAAAAUCUUCACAGUGCUGUCACUAAAGCCUGCCUUUCCAGGUUUUUACCAAGCCUUGCAAGGUCAGCAUUAGAAAAAAAUCUGGCAGAUGCUUCAAUAGAAAUAAGUACUGAUGAUAAUCUAGAACCAGAACUGGAGGAUUACAAAUGUGAAAUAGCAUCUGGCUCCCUGAGAAUUGGCGCUAUUAGUACACCAAUCUAUAAUGCCCACGAGAAAAUGAAAGUGCCUGAUGUUCUGUUCUACGACAACAUUCAGCAUAUGAUAGUGAUGGAAGAUAUGCUCAAAGACUUUCUUCUUGGAGAACAUCUGUUAUUGGUUGGUAACCAGGGUGUAGGAAAAAACAAGAUUGUUGACAGAUUCCUUCAUCUGCUCAAUAGACCCCGAGAAUAUAUCCAGCUGCACAGGGACACCACGGUACAAAGCCUUACUCUUCAGCCUUCUGUUAAAGAUGGACUUAUUGUGUAUGAAGACUCACCUUUGGUUAAAGCAGUAAAGUUGGGUCAUGUUCUGGUAGUAGAUGAGGCUGACAAGGCCCCAACAAAUGUUACCUGUAUUUUAAAAACUCUAGUAGAAAAUGGAGAAAUGAUUCUAGCAGAUGGAAGACGCAUCGUUGCAAAUUCUGCUAAUGUCAAUGGAAGAGAAAAUGUUAUAGUGAUUCAUCCUGAUUUUAGGAUGAUUGUUCUGGCCAACAGACCUGGAUUUCCUUUCCUGGGCAAUGAUUUCUUCGGUACUUUAGGUGAUAUUUUUAGCUGCCAUGCAGUUGAUAAUCCCAAGCCCCACUCGGAGCUUGAGAUGCUCAGGCAGUAUGGACCAAAUGUGCCGGAGCCCAUCCUUCAGAAGCUCGUGGCUGCCUUUGGAGAGCUGAGGAGUUUAGCUGACCAGGGGAUUAUUAGCUACCCAUAUUCUACCAGAGAAGUUGUCAACAUAGUCAAGCACUUACAGAAAUUUCCCACCGAAGGUCUCUCCAGUGUGGUUAGGAACGUGUUUGACUUUGAUUCCUACAACACCGACAUGAGGGAGAUUUUAAUUAACACUUUGCACAAGUACGGGAUACCUAUUGGAGCAAAACCUACCAGUGUGCAGCUGGCGAAGGAGUUGCCUCUGCCAGAGCAGACAUUCAUGGGCUACUGGACCGUGGGCCAGUCAAGAGAUGGAAUGCAGAAACUGUUGUGUCCUGCAGAAACUCAUCAUAUAGACAUAAAGGGUCCAGCACUUAUAAACAUACAGGAGUAUCCAAUAGAAAGACAUGAUGGAAGAUCUCAAACCUUCACUGAAGAAUGUGCCUCCUGGAAGUUGCCAUUGGAUGAAAUUAACAUAAUCUGUGACAUCGCUACAUCACAUGAAAAUGAGGAAUAUACUCUCUAUGUAGUGACAUGCAAUCCUGUUUCCUUAUACUUCAUGAGUAUGGCUGGGAAAGUUGGCUACUUUGUGGACCUUUAUGACAUCUUCCCAAGAACCGCCAGUGGAGUUUGGCACCCAUUUGUGACAGUGGCACCCCUGGGAAACCCUCUCAAUGGUCAAGUGGUCCUCCAUGAGCAGCAGAGUAAUACCAUCUUAUUGUUGGAUACCAUUGGCCGAGCCAUUCGUCGUCUCAUCCUCCCUUCAGAAGAAGUUACAUCUAAGAAACCUUCCUGGUGGAACAAGGAAGAAGCUGAAACGUAUAAAAUGUGUAAAGAAUUUUCGCACAAAAACUGGCUAGUAUUCUACAAAGAAAAAGGGAGCAACUUGACUGUGCUGGAUGUGCUAGAAGGGCGAACUCAUACCAUCUCACUUCCCAUCGACCUCAAGACAGUUUUUCUUGUAGCAGAGGACAAAUGGCUUCUGGUGGAGAGCAAAACCAAUCAGAAAUACCUUUUAACUAAACCUGCACACAUCGAAUCUGAGGAUAGUGGGGUUUGCCAGUUGUAUGUAUUGAAGGAGGAGCCACCCAGCACAGGGUUUGGAGUUACACCAGAAACAGAUUUCAGCAUACCUCAUAGAAUUUCAAGUGAGCAGCUAUCAUCUGAGAAUCUGAGUUCAGCUGUGGGACAAAAGAUUGCCUCUCCUAACAGAAUUCUCUCAGAUGAGAACAGUUAUGCUACAGUCGUCGUUGGUUUCCCAGAUCUCAUGUCUCCCAGUGAAGUUUAUUCUUGGAAAAGGCCAUCAUCUUUGCAUAAAUCAAGGGUCACUGAUACAGCGUUCUAUGGGGGGAAGAAGAAAAGUGGAACUCCAAAACAGAGCAAUUGUGUGACUCUUGUGGAUACUAAUCAGAUAAUCCGGAUUUUGCCCCCAGGAGAAGUCCCUCUAAAAGAUAUAUACCCAAAAGAUGUUACCCCUCCAUAUACAUCUGGUUAUAUAGAAGUCACUGAUCUUCAAUCAAAAAAACUCCGAUAUAUCCCUAUUCCCAGAUCAGAAUUUCUCUCCCCAUAUACCACAUGGAUAUCUACUAUUUCAGACACAGAUGCACUGCUAGCUGAGUGGGGCGGAGGUGGUGUUGUUACUGUUGAUAUGGGAGGUCAAAUCAGACUUUGGGAAACUGGACUUGAACAUCUGCAGCGCUCACUCAUGGAAUGGAGAAACAUGAUUGGACAAGAUGACAGACAUAUGCAGGUUACAAUCAACAGAGAUAGUGGUGAAGAUGUGAGUUCUCCCAAACAUGGGAAGGAAGACCCUGACAACAUGCCCCACGUGGGCGGCAAUACGUGGGCUGGCGGAACAGGGGGAAGAGACACUGCAGGUCUGGGUGGCAAAGGAGGUCCUUACCGGCUGGACGCAGGCCACACAGUGUACCAGGUCUCUGAGGCCGAAAAGGACGCGGUUCCCGAGGAAGUGAAGAGAGCUGCGAGAGAGAUGGGCCAGAAAGCGUUUCGGCAGAGGCUGAAAGAGAUCCAAAUGAGUGAAUAUGAUGCCACAACUUACGAAAGGUUCUCAGGUGCUGUCCGAAGGCAGGUGCACUCCCUCCGGAUCAUCCUGGAUAAUUUACAGGCUAGAGGUAAAGAAAGACAGUGGCUCAGACACCAAGCUACUGGAGAACUCGAUGAUGCCAAGAUCAUUGAUGGGCUGACUGGAGAGAAAACCAUCUACAGACGCCGGGGUGAUCUGGAGCCACAAGUGGGAAGCCCCCAACAGAAACCCAAGCGUCUGCGCCUGGUGGUGGAUGUGUCUGGCAGCAUGUACCGCUUUAACGGCGUGGAUGGCCGGCUGGAGCGCUCCAUGGAGGCUGUGUGUAUGGUAAUGGAAGCCUUCGAGAACUAUGAAGAGAAGUUCAAGUAUGACAUCGCUGGACACUCUGGAGACGGCUACAACAUUGAUCUGGUUCCAAUGAACAAAAUCCCCAAGGACAAUAAGCAAAGACUAGAAAUUCUGAAGACGAUGCAUGCCCAUGCUCAGUUCUGCAUGAGUGGGGACCACACUUUAGAGGGGACAAAGCAUGCCAUCCAGGAAAUUGUCAGAGAAGAAGCUGAUGAGUACUUCGUCAUCGUCUUGAGUGAUGCAAACCUGUCCCGAUAUGGGAUACAUCCUGCCAAGUUUGCCCAAAUCCUGACAAGCAACCCUCAAGUUAAUGCUUUUGCCAUCUUUAUUGGAUCUUUAGGUGAUCAAGCAGCCAGGCUUCAGAGAACUUUGCCCGCUGGCCGGUCUUUCAUUGCCAUGGAUACCAAGGACAUCCCUCAGAUUUUACAGCAGAUCUUCACCUCCACCAUGUUGUCCAGUGUUUAAGAAGUGCCCUUUGUCACUCUAAGGCCUGGGAUUUGCAAUAAGAUGGGAAUAAAGAGUACUCUGAAGAAAAGCAGGCACAGUAAAGAGAACCCA